AUGGCCCGGCGGGGCCCGACUGUGUACCGAGUGUCCGUUCGCCGUGUGGGACCGGUGUUGCCACACUGUAUCAGCGCUAUCUACCGCUCAUCGGCUUAUCUCAAGUCAAGGAGGGUGUUGACAAAGGAGGCCCCUCGCCACGGUCUACAACAGUCACUAGUCAGCGCGUGUCAAGUCAUUUGUCAGAAGAGACGGUCCGGUUUCAUCCGACCGGGACCCCGCCUCCCGCAAGGAGCCGUGCUCCCCACCCGCCAGGAGCUGCACUUCCCCUUCCACCUGGCGCCGUCGGUCGAUGCCGUUGUGUUUUGUGGCGCGGCGUCGCGGUGGUCCGUCGCCGUGCCUGGAGGGAGGGCUGAGGGGUGUCGCCAGUCGGGGCCGGUGUGGGUGUCGCGUGGCCGCUACUGUUGGUGAGGUGUUCAACGGGAACGGUUGUGCCAGGGCCGAGCUGGGCUGGAUGUGACGUGAACACGCGACUCACGGGUGUAGUGACGAAGGGAAGUGCAGAAAGUGAAUUGGAAAGGUGAAGUGGCCGGAUAAUCGAGUCAGUUGUAUGAAGAAAAAUCGAACUCGUGGAAGGCUCAGCAUUGUGUUACUCUCCUGACUGUCUUCAGUGCCAAACUAUCUUCCGACCAUGUGGCCCUUUCUGGCCACCCUCUCACUCUAUCUGACGCUGCUCUCUCCCGCCUCGUCUCUGCUCUAUCCCCGCGCGUCCGAGUCCCGUGACCUGGUUUCUCUGGACGGCAUCUGGCAGUUCAGGGUCUCUCCGCCGGGAGACCCAAACGCCGGCUUCCGCGAGGCCUGGUACUCGGCGCGCCUGUCCGAGAGCGGCACCACCAUCCCGAUGCCGGUGCCCUGCAGCUUCAACGACAUCACUGCCGACGACGAGAUCCGCAACUACAUCGGCUGGGCGUGGUACGACCGCGAGCUGUACGUGCCGUCCGGCUGGUCGGACCGGCGCGUCGUGCUCAGGUUCGGCAGCGUCAACUACAACGCCGUGGUCUGGGUGAACGGCCACUCGGCCGGCUCCCACGAGGGCGGCCACCUGCCGUUCGAACUCGAGGUGACGUCUCUGCUGAAGAUGGGAGCUGCCAAUUGGCUGACAGUGGCGGUGAACAACACACUGGACCUGGAGACCAUCCCCCAGGGCAAGAUCACCUUCAAGGAUGACACAACACGCUACCCGGAGGGCUACUUCGAGCAGUCGUACAACUUCGAGUACUUCCAUUACGCAGGCAUCCACCGCUCCGUCCAGUUGUUCACCACGCCGCUGGCUGUCCACAUCCAGGACAUCACCAUCACGACCAAUUUCUCCACGGACUCCAGCGGACUUUGGACCGCCUACGUCAGCUACGAGGUCGAUGUGGUGAGGUCAGCGAAGGCCUCGGCCAGGUCGAGCCUGGUCAAAAUCCGGGACCAGCGCGGACGAGCGGUGCACUUCAAAAGCCUUCCACUUUUGCCAAAGAACGGCCGAAUCCGAGGGAUGGUCACUAUCCCCAACGCUACCCUCUGGUGGCCCGUGGGGAUGGGAGAGACCCCCGGGUUCCAGUACACACUCGAGGUCGUCGAAACCGCUGACACUGCCACCAGACGCGGCGGCUCGGAGAUGGACGUCUACCGUCAGCUGUUCGGUGUGCGGACGGUAACCUGGGACUCGGACCGGCUCUACGUCAACAACCGUCCGUUCUACUUCCGUGGCUUCGGCAAACACGAGGACGCCAACAUCGUGGGCCGAGGUCUGAGCCUGCCCCUCAUCAUGCGCGACAUCAACCUGAUCGUCUGGAGCGGCGCCAACUCGUUCCGCACCUCCCACUACCCGUACGCCGAGGAGCUGCUCGACCAAACCGACGCCGCUGGCAUCGUCGUCAUCGACGAAAGCCCCGCCAUCGGCCUGGAGGGCUUCGGCGCGACGCUGCUCGCCAAGCACAAGCGUGUGAUGGAGGAGCUGGUGGCCCGCGACAAGAACCGACCCUCGGUGCUGGUCUGGUCGCUGGGGAACGAGCCUCAGUCGGCCGAGGAGGCCGCCGGGCCAUACUUCAAGGCCGUGUACGAUCAUACUCGGGCUCUCGACCCGACCCGGGCCAUCACCACGGUGGUGUCUGUCGGCGCCGACAAGGACCAGGCGUCGGCAUCGAUGGACCUCGUCCUCAUCAACCGCUACUUUGGCUGGUACUCGGACAGUGGCCGGGCCGAGGUCAUCGAGCGACAGAUGCUGACCGAAGCCGCUGCCUGGCGCCGGACGUUCGGGAAACCCCUGGUCGUCUCAGAAUACGGAGCCGGCAGCGUGGAGGGUCUCCGCGACCUCCCCGCCUUCAUCUGGACGGAGGACUACCAGGCCGAGUUUCUGCGCCAGUACCACAAGGCGUUCGACAAGCUCAUCAGCACGGAGACGUGGUUCGCUGGAGAGAUGGUGUGGAACUUUGCCGACUUCGCCGUGCCCCGAGAGUACAUCCGGCCGCAGUUCUGCAUGAAGGGGAUGUUCACCAGGGAGCGGAAGCCCAAGCUGGCCGCUUACGUCCUGCGGGAUCGCUACACCCGGCUGGCGGAGCGAGAGGCGGCUAGGUGGACCCCGAAGGUCUGAUGUGCUUACUUGACAGCCUCCAGUGCCGUGUUUUGAAACAUGGGCCUCGUUUCAUAAAAGGAAUUACUUACGGCGUUCCGUCAAUUAUGCCAGAUUUGGCGUAUUUGAUGCCAAUUCGGUUUCAUAAAGCCGGAGACCGGAGUAAUUCACGCCAUCGAAAGUACGGAGCUUCAUUUACGGCAAAUGCUCGAUUCCGGACCAAUUGAUGCCAUUUGGGUUUCAUAAAACGACGUAAUUAACGCCAAAUAUUUUAUCAAGCUCUUGAUAUCAGUGGUGUAAACUACGCACAAAAAUGUUGCGUGAUUUUGAAUUAAUGUGAAGAUUUGAAGCUAAUUUUUAAUAUAUUUUAUAAUGUUGAGCCCGGUGAGGAAGAAAGAACAGCCAAAAUGAGAAAAAGAAACUGCAUAUCUUCUGUACCAGUCGCAUUUGUGGCCACUAUCGGAAUUUUGUUUAUUCGCCGCGCCGCGCCACUUUCGUAGUUAGGCACUUCUGCUUAGCUGGCUUUCUGCUGUUUUAAAUAUUUUGUUUUAAUACUAAGGAUGGUCAUCAAUAUCAAUUUUGUUUUUUCAUACAUAAUUUUUAAGAUUUAAAUUCAACAUAAUUGUUUUAUAAAUUCUCGUAAAAAAAUAAGUGUUGACAUGAAAUUGUAAUUUGUAGGACGCUUGAUAAAUUACGGUAACUACGCAAAUGUGCUUAGUUACGGAGGUGUAAACAAUUCCAGUUGUGGCUUUGUGAAACGGAUUUAUUUGCGCUCCGUAGUUUGAAAGGGUGUGAAUUACGGAAAGGUGUAAGUUACGGCAGAGUUUUAUGAAACGAGGCCAUGGAGAGAUUGUUGCGCUGCGUGACGAUGGCUUGAUGUUACGAUUCGUGUCGCGCGCGGUUCGGUUCUUCUUACAUGUGCUGCAUGUGAAAUAGUUGUCUUUGCUGAAAAAAAGGUUAAAAAAUUAA